AUGCCAUCUACUCAAUUCAUUAUAUGGCUUUUGUUCAGUUUUGUCUUAGUGAACAGUCAAAAAAUGCUAACUGUAAUGAAUAAAACUUUUGGCAUUAAAUAUCCAAUAAUUUUGAUCCCUGGUUUGGGAGGCAGUCAAGCGUACUGUGAACCGAAAACCAAUAAGCAAGCUUUUACUGCAUUCAGUCUAUGGUUUAAUUGGUUUUACCUUUUAUUGCCUGAAAGAUUAGCUACCUACUUCAAUCUAAAGUAUGAUCCUGUGACAUAUGAAGGACACGAUGCUGAUGAAUGCAAAAUUGAUUUCCCAGGUUGGGGUGAAACCUGGUCUGUGGAAUAUUUAUCACAGUCAAACUAUAUAACUUAUUUCCACACCAUUGUUUCAGAAUUGACGGAAGAUAAUUAUUAUGUGAGGAAUUUCACAAUACGUGGAGCCCCAUAUGAUUUUAGAAAAGCACCAGGAGAAAAUAUGCUAUUCGUUCACAAAAUGAAAGAUCUAGUUGAAGAAACCUAUAAAAAUGGAAUGGAUCGACCAGUUGUUUUAUUCGGUCACAGUAUGGGAAGUUUAUAUACCUUAAACUUUCUUAAACAUCAAACUAAAGAAUGGAAGCAAAAGUAUAUUAAAGCGUUUGUUUCUGUAGCUGCACCACUUGGUGGAGCAGUUGAAACGUUGGUAUUUAUAACACACGGCAGUAACUUUGGUGUGUUUUUUCGAAGCACAUAUCCGUACCGUGACGUAUUUCGUACAAUGUCAUCACCUACCACUGUAUUACCAAAUGCAAAAUUAUGGUCUAAGGAAGAGUAUUUAAUUAUCACACCGUCUCACAAAUACUCCGCUCACGAUUAUCGGGCUUAUUUCAGUGACGCUGAUUAUCCUACAGGUUACAACGUUCUACAACGCUCUGAGUCGUCAUUCGAUCCACUUGAAGAUCCACAAGAUGUAUCUGAACUUUACUGUGUUUACAGCACGGGACUGCUCACAGUAGAUCAGCUGAUUUACAAACCGCCAGGUUUAUUUCGUUCUGCAUUUCCGAAUCAGACGCCUUUACUGCGUUAUGGUGAUGGUGAUGGUACAGUGAAUCUGCGCAGUUUACAAGUAUGCAACAAAUGGCCCAAUGUUAAAUCUUUCGAAUUAACCGGUUCCCUUCACUUGUCAAUACUGAAUGACAAACGACUUAUUGAUCUUUUAAAAGAGGAAAUCACGAGAUAA